AGCCAGCCUGCGGAGACUCCCGGGUCCCCGUGCUGGACUGGGACUGGGGGCAGGCAGCCCGGGCGGAGCGGGCCGGCGCCGAGGGCGGCCCCGGGCAUUGCUCUGCCCCGGGCAUUGCGCGGCGCGCGCGAGGGGGAUGCGGCAGGAGGCGGCGCGGCGGGAGGAGGAGUAGGCGGCGGUGCCCUCGGGAGGGAGCUGCGCGCGGGCCAGACGGCUCCCGGAGGCCCCGCAGUGCCGCCGCCGCCGCCCGGGAGGCUCGGCGCGGGAGCCAUGUAACCCUGCGGCGGGCUCCGGGCUGCUCAGUCCUUCCCCAGCUCCCGGGCUAGCGCGGCAGCCGGGCCACGAUGAAGAAGCAGUUCAAUCGCAUGCGCCAGCUGGCCAACCAGACGGUGGGCAGGGCCGAAAAGACAGAAGUUUUGAGUGAAGACCUUCUUCAGGUGGAGAAGCGUCUGGAGCUGGUGAAACAGGUGUCGCACAGCACGCACAAGAAGCUCACCGCAUGUCUGCAGGGCCAGCAAGGGGCAGAGGCUGACAAGCGCUCUAAAAAGUUGCCUUUGACAACACUGGCUCAGUGUCUGAUGGAGGGCUCAGCUAUCCUGGGAGAUGACACACUUCUUGGGAAGAUGCUGAAACUCUGUGGUGAGACCGAGGACAAGCUGGCCCAGGAGCUGAUACAUUUUGAAUUGCAAGUAGAGAGAGACGUGAUUGAGCCUCUGUUUUUGCUGGCAGAGGUGGAAAUCCCAAAUAUCCAAAAGCAGAGGAAACACUUAGCCAAGUUGGUGCUGGACAUGGAUUCCUCACGAACCAGGUGGCAGCAGACUUCCAAGUCUUCAGGUUUGUCCAGCAGCUUACAGCCUGCGGGUGCCAAGGCUGAUGCCCUCAGGGAAGAAAUGGAAGAGGCUGCCAACAGAGUGGAGAUUUGCAGGGACCAGCUUUCAGCUGACAUGUACAGUUUUGUGGCCAAAGAAAUUGACUAUGCAAACUACUUCCAAACGCUAAUAGAAGUGCAAGCUGAAUACCACAGGAAGUCCCUGACACUAUUGCAGGCUGUGUUGCCUCAGAUCAAAGCACAACAGGAGGCCUGGGUGGAGAAACCUUCAUUCGGGAAGCCCCUGGAGGAGCACCUCACCAUCAGCGGCCGGGAGAUCGCCUUCCCCAUCGAGGCGUGUGUGACCAUGCUGCUUGAGUGUGGGAUGCAGGAGGAGGGACUCUUCCGCGUAGCCCCCUCUGCCUCGAAGCUGAAGAAGCUGAAAGCUGCUCUGGACUGCUGCGUGGUGGAUGUGCAGGAGUACUCAGCAGACCCCCAUGCGAUUGCAGGAGCUUUGAAAUCUUACCUCCGAGAGUUGCCAGAACCUCUUAUGACCUUUGAACUCUAUGACGAGUGGAUCCAGGCUUCCAAUAUCCAGGAGCAAGACAAGAAACUUCAGGCUCUAUGGAAUGCUUGUGAAAAGUUGCCCAAGGCCAAUCACAACAACAUCCGAUACUUGAUUAAAUUUUUAUCCAAGCUGUCAGAAUAUCAAGAUGUAAACAAGAUGACUCCCAGUAACAUGGCGAUUGUUUUAGGACCCAACCUCCUAUGGCCACAAGCAGAAGGGAACAUUACAGAGAUGAUGACCACCGUGUCGUUGCAAAUUGUUGGGAUCAUUGAACCUAUCAUCCAGCAUGCAGACUGGUUCUUCCCUGGGGAGAUAGAAUUCAACAUUACUGGCAAUUAUGGGAGUCCAGUACAUGUGAACCAUAAUGCCAACUACAGCUCAAUGCCCUCCCCAGACAUGGACCCCGCUGACCGGCGCCAGCCUGAGCAGGCCCGCCGGCCCCUCAGUGUCGCCACGGAUAAUAUGAUGCUGGAGUUUUACAAAAAGGAUGGCCUUAGGAAAAUCCAAAGCAUGGGCGUGAGGGUCAUGGACACAUCUUGGGUGGCUCGAAGAGGCUCCUCGGCCGGUCGGAAAGCGUCCUGCGCCCCGCCCUCCAUGCAGCCUCCCGCCCCGCCCGCCGAGCUGGCUGCGCCCCUGCCUUCGCCGCUGCCGGAGCAGCCCCUGGACAGUCCCGCGGCCCCCGCGCUCUCUCCAUCCGGCCUGGGCCUCCAGCCCGGGCCCGAGCGCACCAGCGCAUCAAAAAGCAAGGAACUUUCUCCAGGGUCUACACAGAAAGGAAGUCCAGGCUCCAGCCAAGGGACAGCCUGUGCAGGGACGCAACCAGGGCCUCAGCCAGGUGCCAGCCCCAGCCCCAGCCAGCUGCCUGCAGACCAGAGUCCUCACACCCUCCGGAAAGUUUCAAAGAAGCUGGCACCAAUUCCACCCAAGGUCCCCUUUGGCCAGCCAGGGGCUGUGGCAGACCAGUCUGCUGGCCAGCCGUCCCCAGUCAGCCUGUCCCCCACCCCGCCGAGCACCCCAUCGCCCUAUGGACUGAGCUAUCCUCAGGGGUACUCCUUGGCCUCGGGCCAGCUCUCUCCAGCUGCUGCUCCUCCCCUGGCCUCUCCUUCUGUCUUUACAAGCACUUUGACCAAAUCUCGGCCCACUCCUAAGCCCCGACAGAGACCUACUCUGCCUCCUCCUCAGCCUCCCACGGUAAACCUCUCGGCCUCUAGUCCACAGUCCACGGAGCCCCCCAUGCUAGAUGGCAUGCCCCCUGGGGAAAGCAUGUCUACAGAUCUUGUCCACUUUGAUAUCCCCUCGAUCCACAUAGAGCUUGGGUCAACGCUCCGCCUGAGUCCCCUGGAGCACGUGCGGCGACACUCUGUGACUGACAAGAGGGACUCGGAGGAGGAGUCUGAGAGCACCGCCCUCUGACAUGGUACUGCCCAUCCUGACUCGCGUGUACAUACAUCACGGGCCCCAGGAACGCCGCCAGGAGCAGCGUCCGUGAGCUUGCCAAGUGUUCUCUGUUGGCUCUUUCCUGCCACUGCCAACACGAAGUUGGAGUUUGGCAGAAACUUGUGAUCUCCAGUCCGUGUGGUGAUGCUGGUGGUGCAGAUUUUGUUUGUUCCUUUCGGGUGGUGACUUCGGCCUUUUGUUUGACCUUUGCCUUUUGACUUUGUGCCUCUUUUGAUCCACUUUCAGCCUCCAUGCCAAGCGGGCACCCACCUCUCCACCCAAGGCUGGUCAGGAACGUCCUUUGCGGGGUCGGGGGUGGUGCGGGAGAGGCUUGCUUUGCCUGGUUAGACUCGAGGGCUCUUGUCAGGUCUUGCAGUAUCAGUUUAACAGCCACGGAAAGGAAGCAGGACAGUAGGCCCUUUCACCCACAACUGGACCAGGUCCAGGAUUCUAGCAGUCCUGGGCCACUGACCUUUGCCAGCUACUGGUUGUGGCUGGGGGGGGGGGGCUGCCACUGGAAAACCUUUCAGGCCACCCCCUUCAGUAGGCUCCAAAGUAAAUGACUGAAAACAAAAUUUGUUUCACUUCCUAAGUUUUCCUUUUUCCACUGUGUGACUGAAAGCUCCUAUUACAGUCAUUUUAUACUUCUGAAUCUGCAAAACAAUCCUGACAGUGUCUGGAGGGCCCAAAGGUGGCCUCCACGUCCCCAAAGAUUGGCUGUAUGAGAGUAAUUUUACCCCUCUAGGUACCUAAACGCACCCAGCUCACUGUCUGUGAGGUCCUAGAGCCUGUCUCUUCUUUCUGGAGGUUAAAACUGAAUAGCAAUAAUUACGUUACCCAAAGCAUGUGGAAGAAAGCAAAACCAGCCACGGAGACACCGGCCCACGGGCUCGGCCUGCGGCGUGGCCUGCUUUGCUCACCAGCGUCAGCCGCUCAUCCCUUCUCAUGAAGUCCCAUCCAGUCAUGGGGACGAGGGCCGGGAGGGCACCGGGGAGCCUCUUCACACCUGGGGAUUAGGGGAGUGAGAAAAGAUGUGGUCCAUGCAUGCAACUUCAAAGUUUAAAAUUUUAUCCUUUUAAAAUAGAUAUAAUAUACCUAUACAUGAUAUAAUAUUUGUAUAUAUGAAAUCUCUCUAUAUUUGUUUAAUUUGAGCCAUUCAAUCUAAACCAAUGUACAGGUGUACAAUGAAAAACUGAAAUGCUUAGUUAUUUUUCCCAACACGGUGUAAAGUCACACUUCUCCGAGUGGGACGUGCAGACUUUUGAUGUUACAGCUUUGCUCACUUCCUGGCAAGGGCAGUUCACGCCUCAAUUUGUAAUGGAGUCUGGGGUAAGGGUGGGGGUUGAAAGUUAUCUUUAAAUACAUGUACAAAUUGUUGUCAAAAGUAAUGUUAUUAAAAUAGAUUUAUUAUCCCUGA